AUGGAUGAAGUUUUACAGAAGAUCAGGGAGUUGGCGGCAGUGACCAACGAAGUAGGUCGUCAGCACCUCAUGUCUGCCCUGCAUAAGCUGGCAUAUUCAAUGGAGACGUCUGACGAUACACUACACCGAUACGGCGCCAUGAACCUUCAGACGGCUGUCAUAAAAAUCGGCUUUGAUUUGGGACUUUUCAGGCUCUUGACCGAACGUCAUGAGCCCGUGACCGUGACUGACAUAUCUCAGCACACUAAUGCAGAGGCACUGUUAUUGAAUCGGUUCCUUCGGUACCUCGCCGCUAUAGGCGCCGUUGAAGAGGUCGCUAGCGACCAGUAUGCCGCGAACCACCUGACCAGAAACCUGGCAGAGAGGGUCACUGAGGCAGGAGUGAGCCAUUAUUUCGAAACCGUCUCACCACAGUACCAGGUGCUGCCCGGCUUCCUGAAGAAAAUCGGAUAUAAAAAUCCCACUGAUGAGCUUCACACGGUUUUUCAAGAAGCCUGGAAUACGGAUAUUCACCAGUUUGCCUGGUUUGUGGACCAUCCACAGAAUCUGGCCUACUUCAACGACUUCAUGGCUUUCCGACGCCAACCAGAGCUCUCUUGGCUUAUCGUAUACCCUGUGAAAGAACAUAUACAAGACUGCAGGGCUGACAGAGCCCUCUACGUCAACAUCGGCGGUGGGAUCGGUCAUCAGUGUGCUCAAUUCAAAGAGAAGUAUCCUGACGUGCCCGGUCGAGUGAUACUCCAAGACUUGCCGCACUCAAUUGCCAAGGCACUGCAAACACCUGGAGUGGAGAAUAUGGCCCAUGAUUUCUUUGAUCGUCAACCGAUUCAAGGAGCCAAAUUCUACUUCAUGCGAGGAGUUCUCCACAACCACCCGCCUCAUAAAGUUCGCAAGCUUCUCGAAAAUACCAAGUCGGCCAUGUCCUCAGACUCUAUUCUUCUGAUUGAUGAGAUGAUCCUACCUGAAGUUGGAGCACAUGUUGAUGCAGCCUCUAUGGAUAUAACGAUGAUGGGUGCGUUUGCGGGAAUGGAACGCUCAGAGAAACAGUGGCGCAGUGUGAUCGACGAGGCUGGACUGAAGCUGAUCAAGACAUACGUGUACAACCCUGUGAGUCACGAGAGCUUGAUGGAAGUGCGUCUGCCAUAG